AUGUCUGAGAGUAUUGAAAUUAUGAGUGAACAUACAACUGAACAUGAAAGUAUUGAACAUACAACUGAACAUGAAAGUAUUGAACAUACAACUGAACAUGAAAGUAUUGAACAUGUAACUGAACAUGAAAGUACUGAACAUACAACUGAACACGAAAGUGCUGAAUAUGCAACUAAUCAAGAAAUUUCCGCAAUUGAGAAAAAAAACUUAAUGUCAGAAAUUAUAAAAAAAAUUGUUGAAGAGCUUGGGAACAAUUUUUCGGAUACAGAAAAUAGGGAAUCUAUUAUGAUCGCUAUUAAUAAUAAACUUGAAAAGCUUAAUUCUCUUAUUAAGUCUCUUAUUGGAAAAGGGCAUGAUGAAUCAUUUGAUGAAAUAAUAAUCGAGAAUCCAAAUGAUAUUAUGUCUCUUGAUGCAUCUACUGGAAUGUUAUUUGAUAAAAAAAUUGAGACGUCAGAUGAAAUUAUGCCUGAAGUUGUUAAGAUAUUUCUAGAUCUAGAUGUUCAAUACCCAUUUGUAAAGGAAUUCCCAAAUCUUGCCUAUAGCAAUUCACGCCUAUUGACUGAGUUCUUUGAAAAAUGUCCUCAUAUUGAAUUUUCACCGGAACUCGAAAGAGACUUGAUGAACGAAGAAGAAAAUUAG